CUACUGCCCGGCUAACAGCUCUGCCAUGAAGUCCUGUGAAGGGGGCUCCAUGCCUGUUAACACCAGCGGCCUCAGAGGAUCACCAAACAAGUGCUGCAGAGUGUGUGAAGGUGGCACUUAUCGCUUGUACCUCUCCCCCAUUUUUCAGUGUCUCCCCUGUCCACCAGGAUUCCAUUGCUCUCCAGGUACAGACAACUACAAGUCGCACCCUUGUCCUCGGGGCUAUUUCUGCCCAGUGGGGUCAAACCAACCAAAACCCUGCCCUCCUGGCUCUUUUGGCAACCAGACUCAUGCCGAAAAAAUGGCUGACUGUCAUCCAUGUCCAGUCAACACCUUCAACCACCUGCCUGCUCAGAAGGCCUGCUUUUCCUGUGGGAGCUCCUCCACCUCUCCGGCCGGUUCCUCUUCUUGUACAUGCACGGGCAAGAACCGGGCUUUCCAGUAUUCUGAUGGCUCAUGUUUAUGCAGAACUGGCUUCAUCUUCUACAAUCAACUUGAUUUCAAAAGCUCGACCUCCGACAGUGAACUGGACUGCCAGCCUGAGGUGAACAGACGCUGUUCCGCAGGCGAGGUGCGCCUGGCAGCAUCCAGAGAGUGUGUGUCGCCAUCAUUGCACUCCUGUAACGUCACCUGCGGGUCACUUGGAGGGACUCUGGAUGCGGACAUGGGCAUCUGCCAGUGUGAGAAAUACGUGUCUGCAGAGGAGCUCUGCAACACUUCGUGCCUUUCCAAACUGCCUCAGCUUGCUGCUCAGCUCACAGCAGAAGGAAACAUGCAGCUCAGUAUCAAAGAGAAGGACCGCGCUGUCUGGACCAGGACAGUAACAAAUGUUUUAGGGCCAGAUAUCCAUGCAAAGAGCAUUGGGAGGAUACAUUUAGUCCAAUUUGCCUCUGAAGGAGUGUUUGGUUGGAUUCCCACGCAAAAAUACCUUGUCGAAAAGUUCCUGUCUGAUCCAAUAGAAAUCCUCAACACAAGACCCAGAAACAAGAGAGACACAGAAGACGAUGAAGGUGACUUGGUGGUCUUACCCCGGAUCCCAAACCCCAUUGCCUGUCUUUCCUCCGGUGACAUGCUCAUUUUCGAUUUGACCAUCAACCACACGGACCGUCGACACAGCCACUUUCCAGUGUAUCACAAAGACCACCUGUUCAACAGUAACCCCGGCUUUGACUUUGGCGCUUUCAGACAUCUGGAGACUCUAAUGAAGCAGACCAACCUCAACGCCUCCAGGUUUGCCCAUGUUUUCUCAGAAACAGGAAAGUACGUGUUUGUAGACAGCGCCGUCCCGCAGUGGAGCUUGGUGGUGGUGGUCAGUGAUGAGGGGACGGAGUGUGACCCCAGGACUGCUGUGUUUCAACCCAUUACCCCUCAACAGUUAGUCAAGUACGGGAUUGUCAAGCAGCACCGGCUCAACCUACUGCCUGACUGGGGACUGAUUGGUGGGAUCUUGGGCGUACUCCUCGCUGUGGUCAUCGUUUUGACGACCACAGUUUUAAUCCUGAGACCUGGAAAAGCAAAGCUUGUGUCCCAGUGGAGGAUGAAGCCAAAAUGGCGCAGUGUUGGGGAGCCUUUCUGUCCGGUGGAGUGUGUAUGCAGCAGGGAGAGCCUUGUUGUCCCAAACCAAAGCGGCUAUCUGGACUGCAGAGGUGUCGGGGAAGGAGCAGAAGCUGAAGAGCCUGCUGUUUCAAAGGGAGGAAGCAUGUCAGGCUGCUGUGAUUUGGAGGAGUUCAAUGUGAAGACUCUCUAUGAUAAACUAGAGGACCAGAACCUCCACGUGGCCUCACAGCUGGCCCGGCACCGGAAAGACACGCAGGAGUUUUAUCGAAACAUGUGUCAACAGACCGAAUCACUCAAGAAUGUCUUUGAAAAUAUGGACCACAAAAAGCUGAGUCUUGUAAAAGAGAUGCUCAUUCAUAACACCCUGAAGGAUAAAACGUCCAGCAUAAGCGUGGCGGCUGGAGAAAGCCAAGAGGCGUCUGUGUCGUUACUGGGAGCCGUCCUGCGCUCGGUGGAAGCUCUCUUAUGCAGGCUGUCCGGAGACGUUUGGCACCAUCAGGAUCUGACUGCACCCUCGUACUGCCACACUGCUCCUCAUGACUCCCGGGAGUGUGAACCGCAAGCUGGCGACAUGCAGCCCAGCGACACCAGCAUGUGUUAUACCCAGUUUUCAUCAAUGAACUUAACCAAAGGUGGAGCUCAUCUCCAGGAACCAGCCUGCAUGCAGAGCACAGCUCCAUGUCUGAGUGAUCAUGACCUAUCCAAGCUCAUCACCAUAUCUCCUCUUUACAAGACCCUGCAGGAGAUUCAGAAGUCUUUGCAAAACCUCAACAUAAACGAGUCAAAUCAUCAAUUCCAAACAGCAGCUGCAGAGCUUUCAGCCCAAGGGAGCACUGACCGACAACUCAUCCCGACUGCACUGGACAGCCUCUCACCACAACACUCUGCUGUUUUCAUGUUUGGCUGUCAGGUGAUGCGGUUGCUCGCAAAUUGCCCCGUAUUCCCCUCGGUGCUCCUGCUGCUGGCCAAGUCAAUCCCCUUUUCUUCAUCGCCAUCUAAUGAGAAUCUACUUGCACACUGCUCGGAGGACUUUUAUUUUGAUGCGACCAAUCAAAUCCUUUAUCUGCCAGAGGCGAAGCUUCAGCAUGUGGGACACUUCAUUGCAAUCAUCCUGCAGUCCAUGGCCCACAUAGCAGCAGCAGGAUCCAAACCACAGAGCUUUAUGCAAGCUCUUCAUGAAGCCAUUUCAGCUUUAAGCCUUCGGCUAUUCAAUCUCUCUUUCAAAUGGAACACAUCUGAGCAGUCACAUUGCGAUGGUUCAGAGUGUCGGCAGAGCACAUUAGUUGAAGAAUUUCUCCACGUGAAAGUUCCCGCCGAAGCGUGCUUCACUGAGCACGUGUUAGCUGGAAGACUGGAAAAAUAUAAAUAUUUCAAGUUGGAGCAGCUCGUCUCCAGCCUCAUAAAGAGCUCCUCUCAGGACAUGGCGUCUGGCUUGCCACCCAAAGGAACACCAGUGCAGGUGUCAUGCAUAGAGGAAGAAAUUGACCGCUUGAACGAGUUUUUCCUGCUGCUGAGCAUGCAGCUGCAGAAGAGAGCUGAAAUGAGUACGUGGCUGAAAGAGAGAGAGACUGAAGAGAACCGUUCUGGGAGGGCAACACCAACAAGCACGCCAAGUCUGAGUCGUAAUGGAACAAUCCUGCUGGAACUGAAGAGGCGCUAUGUAUCACAGCGGCUCAAUGAGCUCCAUAUCACAUUAGACCAGAUCAGACAGCGCCAGCAGCAUGACAGCAAGUUGAAAGACGGGACAAGAGGCUGCACAGAGACAGACAGCAGCACCGCUCAGCGAGGGGAGAGGCGGCGUUAUUCUGGUACAGAUGGCGGCAGUCCUGCUGACGGCCAGCGGCACCACAGUAUUUCAGAACGUCAGAGUCGCAGCCAGCCAUCAGCAGAGAGCAGAGGUCUCGGUGACCAUAAAGUGGAGAGUCAUGUUUUAGACCGGCGGAGGAGUGACGCUGUCCAGAGCGACAACUCAGACACAUUAGUGGACCGCCAGAUGCCUGAGAGUCGCCAGGAACAGCUGCAUCUUAAUGUUCCAGGAAAUCAGGAGCUGCAGAGUUAGAUCACAGGAGAAAUACAAAACGCAAACAGAAGUACAUUCUUCACUCGUUGUGCUCGUGAUCAUCUCAUUAUGCAACCUACUUUUAUUCUGUGAUGGUGUUUUUACAAUUUUGCCUGGAGAAUUCCAUUUGGUGUUUUGGUGCAUUAUUCAUUAAAAAGUCCACUCGUGUUACUGAUGUCUGAGCACAUUUACUCUGUUUUCUUUGAACAUGAAACAUGAAAACUGCAAUGCAAAUGGCAUGCUCCAAGCUCAUAUUGAAAGAACACCAGCUGCCAUGAGUCUUAUCGCAUCAAAAUUAAGUGACUUUUACUGUGUUCGACCAGAUGGAGAGAUGUACUGCAGUUUUGUGUUCCAGGAUUCCCCGAUUUUACAUAAAUUUAUUUAUUUCCAUUAAUUACUAUAACAUUGGAAAAACAAGCAGCAAUCAUCAGAGUUUUACAUAAAUUGCAUCAUAAUUUCAGCAAAAGUUCCAGAAAUAUUUUGCCAAUGAUAAAGAUGAGGUUGGAGGUGUUAAUGAAACAUUUAGGUUUCUUUACAUUGUGGGUAACCUUGUCAUUUGCAGACUGU